AUGGGAUAUGGGGAGCUUAUUAUAAGAAGCUAUGAAGCCCAAAACGAUAGAGCUAGAGUGGAAGAUCUCGAGAGAAGAUGUGAGGUAGGCCCAGCUGAAAGAAUGUUUCUCUUCACAGACACUUUGGGUGACCCCAUUUGCAGAAUCAAAAACAGUCCGAUUUAUAAUAUGCUGGUAGCCGAGCUGGACAGCCUGUUGGUUGGUGUCAUACAGGGCUCUAUAAAGCUUGUAACAGUUCAUAAACCUACCAAGGAUCUAGCCAGGGUGGGCUAUAUCUUGGGCUUAAGGGUUGAACCUCUUUAUCGGCGACGAGGGAUUGGCUCGAGCCUGGUGAUCAAAUUGGAAGAAUGGUUCAUUGCAAGUGAUGUUGAUUAUGCAUACAUGGCCACAGAAAAAGACAAUGAGGCGUCAUUCAAGCUCUUUGUAGACAAGCUCAGUUAUAUCAAGUUCCGGACGCCAGCCAUUCUUGUAAAUCCUGUUAGCCGUCGGAUAUCUAGGAUAUCAUCGAACUUUGAAUUAGCAAAGCUCAAGAUUGAAGAAGCUGAAUCUCUCUACCGUAAAUUCAUGUCUUCAGCAGAGUUCUUUCCAAUUGAUAUAGGCAAUAUACUGAGAAACAAGCUAAGCUUGGGGACUUGGGUGGCUUAUCCGAGAGGUGAAUCAUGGGGUCAUUCAGGGCCAAAUGGGGGAGUUCCUAGUAGUUGGGCAAUGCUUAGCGUUUGGAAUAGUGGGGAACUUUUCAAGUUGAGGUUAGGGAAUGCACCCUUAUCUUGUUUGAUGUACACGAAGAGCUCACAGUUGAUCGAAAAAUUUCUUCCCUGCUUUAAAUUUCCAGCCAUACCAGAUUUUUUCCGUCCGUUCGGGUUCUACUUCAUAUAUGGAGUAUAUCGUGAAGGUCCAUUGUCUGGCAAGCUGGUGCGGACCCUGUGCCGAUUCGUGCAUAACAUGGCUUCAAAGUCUAAUGAUUGUAAGGUUAUUGUUACAGAAGUUGAAGGUAGCGACACAUUGAGACUUCACAUCCCACAUUGGAAAUUACUGUCCUGUCCAGAAGAUUUGUGGUGCAUAAAGGCCUUAAAGAAUGAAGAGAGGAACAGACUGCAUGAAUUGACAAAAACCUCACCAACAAGAGCUCUUUUUGUAGACCCAAGAGAGGCAUAAACAAAGGAAAUCUUUACUCAAUUUUGCCUGGCCUUGAGCUACACCCCACCUCAUGUAUUCUUUGACAAGUCCAAUCCAUCUCUCCUGGUGAGGGCUUUUCUCUUGUUCCUUUCACGUCGGUGACACAAAAUCUCAAAAAAUUUCCUUAAUAAGGUGCCACCCUCAGUGUCCUUGCUUGUAACUCGUUUUUGCACCUCAUGGUUCCGACUAAUCAAGCAGCUCUGUGGUCCAAACUUUGUCCCUUCCGCCUUACAUAAAUAUUUUAUCUGGACCUCCUUCCAUUUGUCGAGUCGCAUAUUGUUGCCUUCCCUAACAUACUAUUGUUAAAGAUUGAGGGAUUCCCGUUAUCAUGAAAGAAAAAAAAUCUAUAAAAUAAAUAUAAAAAAAAAAAAGCUGACUUCUCUAUGAAAAUUAUGGCUUUUGAUGCUUCAAGCAAAACAUUUCCGACAUAAAGAUCUCGGCGCAUUUCUUUCUUUGUUUUAUGCUGUAGUAUUCCGAGUGGAGAAGAUGUCAAUCUCACUCUUGAAUACGGCACCCUACAUUUUCAGUAACCCUAUUUUAUGCAGAAGGAACAAAGUUGGUCAGGGUU